UUAACAGUCCAUCAUUUGACUGUGGUGAAAUGCACGCGUGUGACUGUGUGUGUGUGUGUGUUAAAAGUAGAAAUACAUGAUGGGUAAAAUCGUCAAAUUUCCAACACUUGUCAUUGUUUGGUUUAUUCUUCUUCUUUACCAGGUGCUUGUGAGUGUGAGUGUACAAUUAUUAUUUUUUUAAAUUAAAAAUAAAUAAAUUUGUGUGAGUGUGUAAUGAGUAGUGGGAGAUGUUUGCAUGUAGUAGUAAAAAUAGUAUUAAUUAAUUGUAUUUUAUUUAUAGUAUUAUGAGACAGUAUAUCAAAUUUGGUAAAAACAAAACAAAACAAAAUAAAACCCCAUUUUCUCUCUCUAUAUACAUGUGUGUGUGUGUGUGUGGUGUGUGUGAGAGAGAAAGAAAGAGAGACAAGAGUCAAUCAAAAUAACCAAACCCCACAAAAACAGUGGCAUCACAAACUCUUAGUUUCCUGCAAGAUUUUUUUAUCUCUCUUUCUCUCUCUAGAAAGAAGAAGAAGAAAGAAGGGGAGGAGAGAGAAAGGAAGAGGAGAGAAUAUGGUGGUGUUAAUCAAUUAUCAAACAAGGAAAAAAGAAAAUAUCACAAGCUGAACCCACCUACAAAAUUCUUCACCCCCCUUACCCCACCCCCCCUUCCCCACAUGGAACUCACUGAUUCAAAAUCCAAUAAACAACAAUCAAACACCACCACCUCCACCAUUCCCACCACCGCCGGCGCCGUGACAUCCUCCUCCGCUUCACAAUCCUAUAAUCUAGCACCUCCGCAUCUACUCCACCGCCUCCAUGGCAGAUCGCCGCCGUUCGUCAUCGCCUCCCUCCACUCUCCAUCUGGUGGCGGCGGUGGUGGUGGUGGUGGUGGCGGUGGUUCAUCCUCACCGGCAUCAAUUACUGCUGGUUCCAACUCCUCUUCUAUUGUGGCGCAACAGCAGCCGUCGCCGCCGCAGCUUGUGGACGCGUCCCUUGCAAUUGCUACAAGAGCAGAAACCCUAAUUGACCACCAGGCGGCGGCCGCCGCCGCCGCCGCCUCCAAGAGACCAGCGCAGCAACAGCAGAAGCAAUUAGUCGUUCAACCAACACAACAACCUUCGGCCGCCGCGGCAGAGCAGCAACAAGCACAACCGCCGCCGCCGAAGAGAUCGACGAAGGACCGACACACCAAAGUGGACGGCCGGGGGCGGCGAAUUCGCAUGCCGGCGACUUGCGCGGCUAGGGUUUUCCAGCUGACCAGGGAAUUAGGGCACAAGUCCGACGGCGAAACAAUUGAGUGGCUAUUGCAGCAGGCGGAGCCCGCCAUCAUAGCCGCCACCGGAACCGGCACAAUUCCGGCCAAUUUCUCCACCCUAAACAUCUCCCUCAGAAGCAGCGGCUCAACUCUGUCGGCACCGCCGUCGAAAUCGGCGCCGCAUUCUUUCCACAGCGCGCUGGGUUUAGCUCACCACCCUUAUCCGUACAACGAGGAGAAUUUCUCACAUAUGCUAGGGUUCCACCACCCCCACCAACAGCAGCAACAGCAGUCGCCUCACCUUCUGCAAGCUGCUCAAAUGGCGGAAAAUUUGGCCGGCGGAAGCGGCGGCGGUCAGGAGACGACGGAUAAUUACCUGCGGAAGAGAUACAGAGAAGACCUCUUCAAAGAUGAAGGCCCCAGUAAUAACUCUCACGGCGGCGAUGGCACCACCUCACCUUCAAACAAGCAAUUCAAAACCCACAAUAACAACGCCCAAAUUAUGCAGAAAGCGGAAGGGGCGGCGGCGGCCGCCGCCGCCCAAUCCCCGGGAAGCCUAAUGAGGCACGCCAAUAUGAUGCCGCCCACCGCCGCCAUGUGGGCUGUUACGCCGGCGGCGCCGACCACCGGCGUUUCCGGCAGCACGUUCUGGAUGCUCCCGGUGACCGCAGCCGGCGGCGGCAGUGGCGGUGGCAACACACCCUCAUCCUCCGGUCCACCCGAGGCAGCCCAGAUGUGGCCGUUCGCCGCCAACCCCCACGGUGGCGGCAGCACUGUGCAGGCGCCGCUGCAUUUCAUGCCGAGGUUCAAUUACUCCGGAAACCUCGAUUUCCAAGGCGGGAGAUCGAGCCCGUUGCAGCUUGGGUCGAUAUUGAUGCAGCAGCAAAAUCAGAACCCGUCUCAGCAUCUGGGAUUGGGCGUAUCGCCGGAGUCGAAUCUCGGAAUGCUGGCGGCGAUGAACGCGUAUUCGAGAAGCGGACUAAAUAUGAACUCCGAUAACAAUAAUAACAAUCUUGAUCAGCAGCAGCAGCAGCAGCACCAGACUCAUCAAGCAACUACAGAUAGUGAAGAUGAAGAUGGCCAAAAUAGUUCUCAAUAAUAAUAUUUAUAUAUAUAGUUAUAUAUUUCCAAGAUGAAUGAUGGAUUUCAAGAAAGAAGAGGGAGAGAGGUAUUUCUCAUGAGUUCUCAUUUUGGAUAUUUUAAUUUUUAAUUUUUAAUUUUACAAUAUGGUUGUGAUU